GGAGUACAAGUGGCUGUGUGUGGAAGUUUCUUGAAUAACGGGACACUAGCUGUCGAAUUUUUACUCUUAAGUAUUAUGUCGUUUGUGGUCAAAUUUUCGUGUGCGGUAGUUACUAGGUUGCUUUUUAUUCUUAUCUCACUCAUCGGAGUUUGGAGAGUGACAUUGGUUAAAGAUGACAAUAUCUACUGGUUUCUGACAUUCCUCUUUCUACCUCUCGUUGUCGAAAUGAUAAUAACUUUGAAAAGAAGAAAGGGAAAAGAUUAUAAAUGGUUCUCGCCAGCCAUUAUGUUGUUCCUUGUCAGUAUCAUUCCAUCCAUCUGGAUUCUGGAACUACAUCAUCAGCAUCACAACUCUAGUGACCUCCAGUGCAAGAAACUGGACUCAUGGGAAAAUGUGAGAAGCAUGAUUUCUCUGAACGAAACGGUGGGGAAUUUAACGGUUCAAACCUAUCUAAAGGGUCUUGACCAACUCUUGUCCACGGUUUGUCCCAACGACUGGAUCCUGGCCCUCCAUCAGGUCCUUCUAAUCCUACUCAUCAUAGGGAAGUGGCUACUUCCACUGGGGGGUGGGGUCACACGGGAGGAGCUCUCCCAGCUCCUGCUCAUCUUCGUUGGCACAGCAGCUGACAUCUUGGAGUUCACCAGUGAAACACUGUCUGAUGUAAAGGAAAACAGUCCUCAGCUGGUGUACAUCAUCUUGGCGGUGUGGACCUGGAGCAUGUUACAGUUUCCUCUCCAUCUGGCCGUGGUGAACUCAACGCCAGGAAGCGAGGGUGAGGGCCAAGGCAAUUCCCUCCUGACCAAGCACAGCACAGACAUAUGGAGCAUCAUUGAGAGCCUAUUCAUCCAGGAUGGCCCUUUCCUUGUGGUCCGGCUCACCGUCAUGACCUACUUUGAUGUCUUCCACCAGAUGUUGGUGUUCUUUGCCAUUAAAAACUUCCUGGUGGUCAUCCUGAACUUCUACCGGCUGGCCGUCAUAUGCCAGAACUACAGACCUGUAGUCAGGUCCAGAAGCAGCAGUAACAUCCCUGAUUGUAGUAGGGUAGAGGUGGAGAGGAAGUAUGGGGAGGGGAGGUUGGAGAGAGACAAUGUUCCUGCCUCUGCUUUAGAGGAAGUCAAUACAGACUGUGAAAGUACUAUUACGUAGUGCACUGUUUAUACAAUGCGCAAGUUCAAUAUUGGACAGGAUUUGUGAGUUCAAAAGCUGGAAUUAAUUAUGUGAUUUGACAUUUUCAUGGGUAAAGGGCAGGAGAGACAGAAACCGUUUAAAAGUCACAAGCAUAUAUUCAAUUUCAGCUCAGCUGAUUUUAUACAGUAUUUUAACUUUUUUGUAAUGUUUUUACCUCUUUGACAAAAAUGACAUGGCUUAGAAGUUUACCCCCAAAGGUAUGUGAAAUAGAAAACAAUUUUGAGUUAGCAAACAAAGAGUAUGACUGUAAAGGUAGGCAGCCAAGUGUAACUAUCCACAGCUGACAAAAUCAACCCAAUUUUGUUUUCCAAAGGGUUGCUUUUGACGAUGGGAAAAGGUGUGAUUAUGCAGUGGAUUUGGAAAGUAUUCAGACCCUUUCCCUUUUUCCACAUUUUCUUAUGUUACAGACUUAUUCUAAAAUGUAUUAAAUAAAAUGUUCCUCAUCAAUCUACACACAAAACCCCAUAAGGACAACGCGAAAACAGGUUUUUAGGAAAUACCUUAUUUACA